AUGGACCUACGUGACAGUUGGACCUACGCAGCCACAGUUAGACCCACGCAGUCACAGUUGGACCUACGUAAACCACAGGUGGACCUAUGCAGCCACAGUUGGACCUACGCAGCCACAGUUGGACCUACGCAGCCACAGUUGGACCUACGCAGCCACAGUUGGGCCUACGCAGCCACAGUUGGGCCUACGCAGCCACAGUUGGACCUACGCAGCCACAGUUGGAACUACGCAGCCACAGUUGGACCUACGCAGUCACAGUUGGACCUACGUAACAGUUGGACCUACGCAGCCACAGUUGGACCUACCCACAGUUGGACCUACACAGCCACAGUUGGACCUACGCAGUCACAGUUGGACCUGCGCAGCCACAGUUGGACCUACGUGACAGUUGGACCUACGCAGCCACAGUUGGACCUACACAGCCACAGUUGGACCUACGCAGUCACAGUUGGACCUACGCAGCCACAGUUGGACCUAGGCAGCCACAGUUGGACCUACGCAGCCACAGUUGGACCUACGCAGCCACAGUUGGACCUACGCAGUCACAGUUGGACCUACGCAGCCACAGUUGGACCUAGGCAGCCACAGUUGGACCUACGCAGCCACAGUUGGACCUACACAGCCACAGUUGGACCUACACAGCCACAGUUGGACCUACGCAGUCACAGUUGGACCUACGCAGCCACAGUUGGACCUAGGCAGCCACAGUUGGACCUACGCAGCCCCAGUUGGACCUGCGCAGCCACAGUUGGACCUACGCAGCCACAGUUGGACCUACGCAGCCACAGUUGGACCUGUGCAGCCACAGUUGGACCUACGCAGCCACAGUUGGACCUACGCAGCCACAGUUGGACCUGCGCAGCCACAGUUGGACCUACGCAGCCACAGUUGAACCUGCGCAGCCACAGUUGA